CAAAUCCUGCCAUCGUUUGAUCCGAAUGAUAAAUCGUUGUAGUCGGUGCAGUUUGUCGGUCGGGUCGAGCAACUAUUACAUGUGUAUGAGUGGAAAGAGAAGAUACUUCUUUUUGCAGUACAAGCAAAAUUAAAGGGUGCUGCAAAAAUGUGGAUAGAUUCCGCGCCAAUUGUGUAUGUAAAUUGGUCGCAUUUUGUGAAAGAUUUUCUUGAUCACUUUCCGUCAGUGAUUAAUUCAGCUGACGUCCAUAUCGAACUAAUGAGUAUGCGGCGAGGGGUAAAUGAAACCUCUGAAAUGUUUUACUAUCGCGUGUUGGCUAAAGGUCAUCAAGGUCGGGUGGAUGACCAAGCGAUCAUAAAGUAUGUCAUAAACGGGUUAAACGAUACGGAUAUGAAAAAGUGUCUAUCAGUGGCAAGGUAUCGAUUUAUUAUAUGCGAUUCAAAACUAUAGUGCUUAUAAUGUCGCGAAGAAUAGCGCGCCGGUUAAGCAGACAAUGCAAGACAAUCAAAUCAAACGUUCGACAAAUGAAAAGAAGUCAAAGGGUGACAUUAUUUGCUAUAAUUGUCGUAAAACCGGCCAUAUAUCGCGGGAAUGUAGUGAGAAGAAACAGAAACCAAAAUGUGGAAAGUGUGGUGAAAUUGGUCACCGUAUAACAGAUUGCACAGGGCAAAAACAAAAAUCCGAAAAGUGCAACGCGAUUGAAGACGAACCUAUCAAAUUUACGGUAAAAAAAGUUUUGGUACAUGACAACGAAAUCGAAGCUUUUGUUGACACAGGUAGCUCACGCUCGUUGGUGCGUAACUCAGUUGCGGCAAACAUAGAACAAUGUUUGAUGGAAAAGUGCUAUGUGCGCCUCAAAGGUUUUGGAGGCGGAGUGUUUGAGUGUUAUAACAAAAUACAUGUCAUGAUGAAAAUUGAUAAUGCGAGCGUUUGCGUACAUUUAUUGGUUGUUGAUGACAAUUUGAUUGAAAAUGAUAUUCCCCUCGGGCGUGAUGUCCUAUGCUCGGGUGAAAAUAAAUACAUAAUCGAUGGUGACACCGUAUAGGUUGCCUUUUGCAAAACGCCCUUUAGUAAAUGAGAUGAUUCAUGACUUAUUAGAAAAAGAUAUUAUUCGAGUGUCUAAUUCUGCGUAUGCUUCGCCGAUAGUAGUGGUUGCGAAGAAAAAUAACGAAUAUAGGAUGUGUGUUGACUACAGACAGUUGAAUCGGGUUACAGUCAAGCAGCCGUUCCCUAUGCCAAUUAUGGACGAACUUUUUGCUAUACUCGCGGGUAAUCGCUAUUUUACGGUCUUAGACUUCAACAUGGGGUAUCAUCAAAUCGAAGUUGAAGAGAGUAGUAAACAAUUCACCGCGUUCGUUACUAAUGAUUGUCAUUACGAAUAUAAUCGUAUGCAAUUUGGUCUCGUAAACGCGCCGGCGGUAUUCCAGACCAUGAUGAAUGAACUAUGCAUUAAAAUGAAACCGAGGAAAGUGAUCGCAUAUCUCGAUGAUGUAAUAAUACCGAGUGUAACUGUGAGUGAUGGCCUAAAAACACUGCGAAUUUUUAGCUUUGCUUGAACAGGCCGAUUUGACUUUGCGGAGAGAUAAGUGCAAAUUUCUGGCCACAGAAAUAAACUUCCUCGGUCAUAAAGUGAACGUUAAUGGUAUUACGCCCGGCGAGUGUAAAGUGAAGGCGAUCCGUGAAUUCCCGGUACCGACUAACGCGACCGAGGUACGACGAUUCUUGGGUCUCACAGGGUUUUUUAGAAAGUUCGUGAAGAACUAUGCGAUCAC